CUUUAAAUCACGAAUACACCCCUCACCUUUUUUCCCUAUUUAACCCAAAACUUUUUCUUCUUUGCAGAUCUACGAGGAUAAUUCGAUAUGAGACCUAUACUGCUUCAAGGACAUGAGCGUAGUUUGACGCAGAUAAAGUAUAACAAAGACGGUGAUUUACUUUUCUCCACGGCAAAGGACCACGUAGUCUGUGCCUGGUAUUCCGUAAAUGGAGAACGAGUCGGUACAUAUAAAGGUCACGUCGGUGCUCUCUGGACUGUCGACGUCGACCCGGCCACCACCCUCCUCGCGACCGGCAGUGCGGACAAUACCAUCCGUAUCUGGGACGUACGAACCGGAAAGCAGUUGAAAAUGUGGGAAUUCCCGACGGCCGUUAAGCGGGUCGAGUUCAGCGAGGAUGGGACUCUGCUCCUCGCCGUGACGGAGCAGAGGAUGGGCCACUUGGGUACUGUUGUUGUAUUCCCGAUUACGGUUGAUCUGGAGGCAGAACAAGUAGAUGAGCCUAAUUUUACGAUUACCUUCCGCGAGAGUAAAGCGACGGUUGCGGCGUGGAGUUAUCUGAAUAAGUACAUUAUUACUGGGCACGAGGAUGGGAGGGUUUCGCAGUAUGAUGGAAAGACUGGGGAGCUCAUAAGAGACGUUCAAGCUCAUGAGCUGGAUAUGCAGAUUACCGAUAUUCAGAUGGCGCCGGAUAGGACUUACUUUAUUACCUGCUCUAAGGAUAAGACUGCUAAGAUCCUGGAUGUCAACGAGCUUAAGGUUAUGAAAACUUAUGUUACCGACACCCCCUUGAAUACCGCAGCCCUUACUCCAAAGAAAGACUUUGUCAUCCUCGGUGGUGGUCAGGAAGCCCGUGAUGUCACCACUACCUCUCAGCGACAGGGCAAAUUUGAAGCGAGGUUCUACCACAAGAUCUUCGAGGAUGAGAUCGGUCGUGUCAAGGGUCAUUUCGGUCCUCUUAACACUAUUGCUGUCCACCCUCAAGGGGUUGGCUACGCCUCCGGUGGAGAAGACGGUUACGUUCGUGUACAUCACUUUGAUAAGCCAUACUUUGACUUUGCGUAUGAGGUCGAGAAAAUGAAGGGUUAGGUUGGGCAGUGCUUGGUAGACGAAAUUGAAAAUUUCCUUUUUUCAAGAAAA